AUGGAAGACGAAAUCCGAAACCGCCACACAAUGAAACUCCUAGCCACAGCAGGCAAACCCUCCAUAACAAACUACACCUACAACCCAACCGACUUCACCCUCCCAACCUACCUCCAAGUCCCACUAGACCUAAGCAUCGCGCACACCCACCUCCACGAAUCAGCCUACGCCGCCAUCCGCGGCAUGAAAGAAAUCAUGCAUUUCCACGACCACCGCUUCAGCUUCCUCUGCCCGCAAACACCACCCACAACCUGGACCACGCACUGCAAAUCAAUGCAACGCCUCCGCGACUGGAAACAAGAUACUUUCCCACCACCCAGUGCAGCCAACCCAUUUCCAACAAAGGACCCCACGCUCGCCCCGCGGCCAAAAUUACCCAGCGACGCAAUCCGCAUCUGCCUCGAUGCAAAGUACUACGCGCACUUUGUGUCGUCGUAUGUGCGGUUUCUGGACGAGUUCUUUCACGGCGUUUGGAUGGUCUAUAUGAAGGCUAAAUGCGCGGUGCAGGGUCUUGCGGCGCGGUGCUUGAGUGAGUUUGUUUAUCGCGAGUGGAGGUAUUGGUGGGAUGGGGAGUUCAGGAAUAAUAUGCGUAGGUGGGAGGAUUGUUGUGCUGUUUUGCCGUUGCCUAUGUGGGAGGAUGUUGUUGAUGAGGUUUAUCUUAUGGUUGUUGAUCGGGUUGAGGAGUCGGGGGAGAUUGCAGCGGAGCUUUGUCGGACUUGGAUUGGGGGUGGGGGUUGGGAUGGGUUGAGUCGAAGAGGGGGAGGGGGAGAAGGAGGGGGGUCUGCGUCGGUGGCUUUGAGGGGGGAUGUGGUUUGCGAUGAUGUGGUUGAGAUCAAUGUUAAUCUGGGUGCGGAUAAUGCUGGUCUUACGAGGGGGGAGGAGGGGGAGGAGAUUCAGGUUUGUUUGGAUGUGGAAUCUAUUGACUUUGCUCGUGGGUUGAAUUAA